CACAGAACCGCCCCUUCCCUUCCCCUCACCCGCCUCCGCCAUGGCUGCCCUGCUCCUGCCUUCCCUCCCUGCCGCCCUCGCCGCUGUGUGCUAAACGCCCUUCGCCCGGAAGCAAAGGCAAGGCGUCCUUCCAGAAAGCCUGGCCCUGGCGGAGUCGUAGGAUAAAGCGCAAUUAAUUUCAAUUCAAAAUGCCCAACUCUAAAAGGAAAUCUCGUCGUAGACGCAAAGUUGGUCAAGAAACUGGAAGACAUGAAUUAGUCUCCAGGUCCUUGCAAAGUGCUCAGCAUUGUCUGGAGAAUCAAGAUUUUGGAACUGCAUAUGCACACUACCUCUUGGUAUUAAAUCUAGCUCCUGAGCUUAAAAAUGAUGUCAAGGAAACAUUUCAGUUUGCCCUUUUUAAAUGGGCAGAAGAACUGGAUUCUUUGGCACGAGUUCAGGAUUUAUUUGGCUGCUAUGAGCAAGCCCUGGAAUUGUUCCCUAAUGAUGAAGUCAUAUGUAACAGCAUGGGAGAGCAUCUCUUCAAAAUGGGUUUUAGAGAUGAAGCAGCUGCAUAUUUCCAUAAAGCUGUGAAGCUAAAUCCUGACUUUCCAGAUGCAAAAGAGAAUUUUUACCGUGUUGCCAACUGGGUGGUAGAACGAUGGCACUUUGUCAUGCUCAAUGACUCCAAUAGGAAUUUGCUAUAUCAAAAAGCAAUUCAAAAAGCAGUUCAUUCUGGGUGCAGAAGUGUUCUUGAUAUUGGAACAGGAACAGGAAUUCUCAGCAUGUUUGCUAAAAAAGCUGGAGCAUCUUCGGUCUAUGCCUGUGAGUUGUCAAAGACCAUGUAUGAAUUGGCUUGUGAAGUGCUAGCUGCAAAUGCUUUAAAUGGAGAAAUUAAACUUCUUCAUAUGAAAUCCCUGGAUAUUGAAGUUCCAAAGCAUAUGCCUGAAAGAGUUUCUCUGGUUGUCACUGAAACAGUAGAUUCUGGUUUAUUUGGAGAAGGGAUUGUGGAAAGCUUGAUCCAUGCUUGGGAGCACUUGCUUUUACCACCAAAGCCUAAUGAUUUCAGUGUUGAUUCUGAAAACUAUGGUAAAGUUAUACCAGCAGGAGCUACUAUAUGGGGCAUGGCAGUGGAAUGCAGAGAGAUACGGAGACAUCAUAGGGUAGACAUAAAAGAAGUUGCUGGUGUCUGCUUGCCAGAAUCAUUAGUGUUCCACAGUCCAGCAUAUACCUCUGCAGGCUCAGAUGAAACUCUUGAACCUUACACCACUGAAAAACUCAGCAGAGUUCCUGGUGGCUAUAAGGCCCUCACAGAACAUUUCCAAGUUUUGACCAUCAACUUUAACGAUCUGCAGGAGUUGAAAAGCUUUGCAAUUAGGAAGCCAUCCAAGAUCAACAUGCCUGUUAUUGAAAGAGGAAUCUUAGAUGCCAUUGUGGUCUGGUUUACAUUGCAACUUGAUGAUGAUCAUACACUUUCUACAAGUCCAAGGGAUGACACCUGUUGGGAACAGGCUGUUUACCCAGUACAAGGUCUCCUAGAUUACUCUGUGAAAUGUGGAGAUUCUGUUACAAUGGAAGUAUCCUGCCAAGACUUCUAUCUAAGGAUCCAAGAGAUUUCUCUUGUGACUUCUGAUUAUGGAAUGGAUGUCGAAAGAAAUCUGAAGGAAAAGAACAGUGAGGCUGAGCUCUGCAGUGCCUUGGCCAGCCUUCAGACAGCAAGCACAAUGGAAAGUGCAUGGCAGGAAUGCAUGCUAGAAUCCACUGAGAUUGCUUUACUAAACAAUCUAUCAUAUCAUGAAUGUUUUAAAGCUGCAAUAGGCAAAGUGCUAUCAUCAUUAAGUCUCCCUGAACAGUUGUCCUCUAUGGAUGUGGAUAGUCAAAAUGAUGAAAUGAAUCUUGGAAAAGUCAAAACAAAAGAUCAAAACAAAAAGACUCUUGACCCUCUGUAUGUGUUAGAUGUAUCAGAAGGAUUUUCAAUCUUACCAGUAAUUGCAGGCAAAUUUGGGCCAGUUAAGGCAUAUAGCUCUGUUGAAAAAGAACAGCACCAAGUAGCUCUCAAUCUGAUUUUAGAAGCCAACAAAUUUCCUAAGGAAACAUUAGAGUUUUGGCUCAACCAUGUACAGGAUGACAAUAUGGUUUUACAGAGGCCUAGAUCUGACAAAUUAUGGAGUAUUAUAAUUUUAGAUGUUAUCGAGACAUCUGGUCUAAUUCAGCAGGAUGUAAUGGAAAAGGCAGCAAUAUCCAGGUGUUUGCUUCACUCUGGAGGCAAGAUAUUCCCACAGCAUGUCAAGAUGUAUGGAAUGCUUGUGGAAUCAAGGUCGCUAGUACUUGAGACUGCAGUUCAAGGGACCGAUCCCACACUUGGUUUCAACAUUGCACCUUUUAUCAACCAGUUCAAGGUGCCCAUCCGUGUAUUUUUGGAUCUAUCUGCACUAUCAUAUGUGCCUUUAAGCAACUCAGUGGAACUUCUGCGAGUGGAUCUCAUGAACCCGUAUUUGAAUAGCCCCAGUAGAGAAGUUAAGGUAACCAUUCAUAAGCCAGGUCAAGUGACCGGUAUUCCCUUCUGGUAUCAUGUGUGUCUGGAUGAAGACAGUGUUUUGGAUACAUCAAGCGAGUCCUCUCACUGGAAACAAGCUGCUGUUGUGUUAGACAAGCCUAUUCAAGUUCAAGCAGGAGAUGAGCUUGUAUUAAGCAUCCAGUAUCACAACAGCAACAUCAGCAUAACAGUAAAAUAAUUAACUCCCAUCAGUCACUGUUUUAAAUAUGUUUAAAGUGUAAAUAGAAACCCAAUUCAGAUAUGUAUAUAUACUUAUUAAUCAUGGCCUACAGCCACAGUGUUUAGUCUAUCUGAAGCUGUUAUACAAAUGAGCACAACUUAUUUAGCAAGAACUAUACCGUGUCAUAAAUUGUAUAAUUUUAUUAAAAUGAUGGAACACAACA